GAAAACGGAGGGCCGGCAGGUCGCAACGACGAGGAAAGGAAUUAUAUUCGAUUAGUCCGGCGAAACUUUUGGUCCGAGUGAGCAAGCGGGACCCACUUCCAACCCGAACGCUUAGCUAGCGACGCCACAACUCGACGAACUAACGAGCGUAACGAACUAAUUUCAGAAUCGCCGCUGGAGACUUGAUUUGGUCAUAUCAGUAUCCAUCCCCCAACGCCGCCGGGCGGCCGGAGGAAUUCGAAUUCCACACCGUCGGUAGGAAGAUUCACUUCCCGGAACAUCAGAAGGAAGCCAACAAAUCGGGCACGAUCAUCGUCUCCAUUGAACUGCCUGCCGGAGGAAUUUGAAAUUAAACCGGUGCGAGCCGGAGCAGCCGAAGGAAGGAAGGAACUCUAGCUUAUCGCAGUCGUCAUUCGUCCUUUGUUUGACUCAACAUGUUCUCUAAAUUCUUUCGUAAGAAUGCCAGUGUGGCGAAGCAACCUCAGCCUUCUGGUCAGGAAAAUGCAUCAAACGCGAUCUUAACUUCCAAAGACAUAAAUCCUCGGGUUAAUCUUCACUAUGGAAUUCCAUAUACCUCCUCUGUUAUGGCUUUUGAUCCUAUUCAAAGCCUUUUGGCAGUAGGAACACUGGAUGGGAGGAUAAAAGUGAUUGGCGGGGAUAACAUUGAGGGGCUUCUGGUGUCUCCUAAGCAUUUCCCAUUCAAGUACUUGGAGUUCCUACAAAACCAAGGUUUCUUAGUCAGUGUGUCAAGUGAAAAUGAGAUUCAGGUUUGGGAUUUAGAACAGAGACGGAUGACGUCUUCCUUGCGAUGGGAGUCCAGUAUAACUGCAUUCUCAGUGAUACAUGGAUCAAGCUAUAUGUAUGUUGGAGACGAGUAUGGUAUGGUGUAUGUGGUAAAAUAUAAUGCAGAAGAAGCAUCCCUUGCGCCUCUCCCAUAUUAUGUUCCGACAAGUGCAAUAGAUGGUAAUCAUAAACCUCUGCCACCCCUUUUGAUGAAAAAAGAGUGGAAGGAAGGGUUAUGUUCAAGAGCUUUCUGCAUAAGCUUCUUUUUUUGUGAUAAUUAUAGAAGCUUGUCCGAAGCAUCUGGAGGAUCUUCAUCUGGUCAACACUCUAUUGUAGGAGUUCUUCCCCAGCCAUCUUCUCAAGGAAAUAGGUUACUUAAGUCUUCCUCUUUUUGCAGAGUGUUAAUUGCUUAUGAUAAUGGAUUACUCAUUCUAUGGGAUGUGUCUGAGGAUAAAGUUGUCGUAGUUAAAGGGAAUAAAGAUCUUCAGUUGACGGGCAAAAUUGCUGUCAAUUCUCAAGAAGAAUUAUCACAGGAGGAGCCUUCAGAUGAUGAACAAUUGGAGAAAGAAAUAAGUGCUCUGUGUUGGACAUCUGGCAGUGGGACAGUUCUUGCUGUGGGUUAUGUUGAUGGAGACAUAAUGCUGUGGAACUUAUCAACAAGUGUUCCAUCUAAAGGAAACGAUGUUGUUAAGCUACAGUUAUCAUCAGAUGAGAGAAGACUACCAGUCAUUGUUUUGCAUUGGCGUCCAAAAAGAUCACGUGAUGACUGUUCUGGCCAACUCUUUGUCUACGGUGGUGAUGCAAUUGGCUCUGAAGAAGUUCUAACGAUUUUAAAUCUGGACUGGUCUGCCGGAAUUGGCAAACUAAAAUGCAUUGGACGAACUGACAUUACACUCGGUGGCUCUUUUGCUGACAUGGUUCUAUUCACAAGUGGUGCUUCAGUGAAUACAAGUGGGAUGUUGGUAUUGACAAAUCCAGGACAACUGCAUUUUUAUGAUAGUACUUGCUUGUCUUUUUUGACAUCAAAGGAAGAGAAAAAAUUUACUGUGUCUCCAAUUGAAUAUCCCAUGGCUAUACCUACUGCUGAGCCAAACAUGACUGCAGCAAGGCUUGGUUUGAUAUGUGUAGAUGGGAACCUUCUAAAGGCUUUAUCCGAGAAAAUUUCUGCUGCAAAAUUGAGAAGGGUUGAGGUUUCUGGAAAAUCAGCUUGGCCAUUGACUGGUGGCAUUCCUAGCCAAUUUUUGGAAGCUGAAAUUUAUAAAGUUGAAAGAGUUUAUAUAGCAGGAUAUCAAGAUGGGUCGGUCAGAAUAUUUGAUGCAACAUGUCCAACCUUUUCAUUAUACUGUGUCUUAGGACCCGAGGUCAAAGGUACAAGUAUUGCUGGUGCAAAUGCACCAGUAUCUGCACUGGCGUUUUGCUCCCCCAAGUUAACUUUGGCUAUUGGCAAUGAACUUGGUACGGUACUUUUAUACGAUUUGAUCAGGACUACUGAUGCAAUGCAGCUAAACUUCGUUACAGAAAAUGGAAAGGAAGUUUACACUGUGCGCGGAGGGGAUGAGCCUCACUGCACAGCCGUGUUUUCCUUCCAUACUUCACAUAUAAGCACUCUUCAAUUUCUGCAUUCUGGAUCCAGACUUGGUGUGGGAUUUCACUCUGGAAGGGUGGCAUUGCUUGAUAUUAACACAUACUCAAUUUUGUUCCUCACUGAUAGUAUGUCCAACUCGUGUUCUCCUAUCAAAUUACUGGAUAUGAGACCAUCAACAGAAACUACUAGUGUGAUUAAGGAUGUAGGGCAGAGUGAAUCCAAAUGUAUGGGUAACAAUGCCAAUCAGGAAGUUUUUGUUGUGACCAAGGAUGGGCAGUUUGUCCUUCUAGAUGGAAACACGGGCAAUAUCGUCUUUUCUCAGUCUUUGAAAGCUGAAGAAGAAUCGACUGUUAUUUCUAUGCAUAUCAUAGGUAAGUAUUGCAGGAUUUUUCACGACCUCCCCCAUGUAGAUAGUAGCAUGAUGGCGUGGGAAAGUGGAGCCACUCAUGGUAGUGAUAAUCCACUCAAUGCGGAUCAAGAAGCUACUUCAGGUGCAUCCAGUUGUGGGAAUAGAGCUGAGAGUUUCUUCCUUGUGCUUUCUUGCGAAAGUGCAUUGCACCUAUACUCUGUCAGUGCUCUUAAGGAGGGAGGUACAACCCCUGUUCAUACAGUGAAUCUUUCGAAGCCAUGUUGUUAUUCUAUAACUUUCAAGAAGGAUGGCAAAGUUGUUGGACUCAUUGUUAUUUAUCAGACUGGGGAAAUUGACGUGAGAUCUUUGCCGGACUUAAGAUUGGUGGGUGAAAGCAAUUUAAUGUUUAUUCUAAGGUGGAACUUCAAGACUAAUAUGGAUAAGAUGAUAUGUUCCUCCGAAAGUGGACAGAUAAUCUUGGUGAAUGGGUGCGAAGUUUCUUCAGUAUCUCUUCUGGCAUUUGAAAAUGACUUCAGGAUUCCUGAUUCUUUACCUGUCCUUCACGACAAAGUGAUUGAAGCUGCAAUUGAUGCUGCUGCCUACAAUUUGUCUCCGAGUAAGAAGGAUAAACAGGGUUCCCUACCUGGAAUUUUAGGUGGCAUCCUCAAGGGUUUACAGGGAGGUAAGGUGGAGGAGCAGAAAGUGGGGUUUCCUGAGGUUGGGAAGAGUAACUUGACACAUCUAGACACCAUAUUUUCCAACCCCCCAUACUUGAAGCCUUCUUCUGUGGACUUUGACGAGGAUGACCAAAACGAUGCCGUGGAACUAAGCAUAGAUGAUAUCGACCUUGAUUUUGACGAACAUGUGGUGGUGGAAGCAUCUUCCGCGAAGGAGAGCAACAACGAUAAGAAAGACAAGGGAAAGGAAAGGGAGAAGUUAUUUGAAGGUGCAACGACUGAUUCCAAGCCCAAAAUGAGAACAGUUGAAGAAAUCAAGGCACAAUACGGGAAGGAGGAUGCUGCUGGAGCAGCUGCACUUGCGAGGAACAAGCUAGCCGAGCGUGGUGAAAAACUUGAGCGGCUGAGCCUGCGAACAGAGGAACUGCGGAAUGGGGCCGAAAAUUUCGCAUCGAUGGCUCAGGAACUCGCUACACUAAUGGAGAAGCGUAAUAAAUGGUGGCGGUUAUGAUCAUCAGAUCUCGUACCCUGGACAAAAUAUCCGUGAACCAGCUUGCUUGGCUUUCAAGGUACAGGAGAAAAGAAGCCAUUGUUGGCCCUUCAUUUGGGUAGGGGCACUCUAAUUACUACACACACUGUACCCUAUUGCCACCCGAUCCCCGAACCCCUACAUUUUGACGUGUGCAUAAAGUAUUUGGCUAUUAAAAAUACAGUGACCGCGUGAGGGUCUGUAUUUAUCUGUCAUAAUGCAUAAUUAACAGACUUGUACAUUGUCAUUUGUGAAUACAAAGAGGGCGUGAACACAAUAUUCUGCCUUCAGUAACAGCCAUAUGACGACGACGUGGUUAGAAUGAAGAAAGAGUAUUUGUUCUGCAGACAGAAGAGCGACCUCUUAUUCACAAGCUAGAAGCCUUCCUCUUAGGAACUUUGCACGACAAAAGAAGUGCUUUCUUCUUACUGAUUUCCUGUGAUUAUGUGUCAUGCAUGAAUUGCAGCUGAAUGAUGAAUAGAAUGUGACACCAGCAACGUUGCAUUGACCUCUUUCACCCAACUUGAUUGGUCUGCAAUGGGGGAGCUGAGAACCUUUUGCGGUCCUCGACUCAUUAUACGAUCUCAAUAGCUUACAGAACGUACGGCACUCAUGAAUGAGGAUAUUCUGGAUCGAUCCUUGUUGAUUCCAUCAGAGCCACAAAUGCCACUGCUAACAUCUAUACCAUCAGGCUUGAGGGUUGCCAAGGCUUCAGAAACGUUUUCAGGGUUUAUCCCUCCUGCUAAUAGCCAGCCAUGCUUGCUUCUAAUUGAAGGUAACUUAAACUGAGUCCAGUUGAAUCCCUUUCCACUGCAAACAACAGUUGCGCUAUCAAUGAGAAUCCAGUCAACCAGAGAACUUUCUUCAUCUGAAAUUUGAUUUUGAAGCUCCCCAUCCUUGUUUGCAUGAAGAACAUAGACUAUUCGUGUAUCCUGAACUAAUUGUUUCAAAGCUUCCCGUGAACCACCCCCAUGAAGCUGUACAAAUUCAAGAUCAGCAACUUCUGCAGCUCUCAUUAUCGUUUCUGCAUCAUCGUCAACGAAUACACCAACAGGUUGUGCUCCAUUUUCCCUAGCAACUUUAGAAAUUUCUUUCGCAACCGAGAGUGAAAUUGAACGUUUAGAUUUGGGCCAUAGUAUCAUCCCAAUAAAAUUAGCUCCAGCUUCGGCAGCAAUUGCAGCAUCUCUAGCUGAUGUUAUCCCACACAUUUUAACCACUGGUGACCUCAUAUCACGUUCCUUACUAGCGCAAGAUACUUUCUCAGACAAGCAAGUAACUCCGGUCCUUGACCAACACUGAAUUUUCAGCCAUUUCAGUCUCCCAACCUUCACACCAGGAGCAAGCUGUCUUUGCAACCUGGAAAACCCAGGUUGUAAGUAACUCGCAGUGUUGAUGCUCAUCCCUUGCGCGCAGAAAUCGAAAAUGUCGAGCAAUCCCACCGGUGCCCCCCCUGCUUUAUAUUCAACCUGCCGCGUCGUCGUCUCCAGUCGGCGACAGCGACAAUCCAAUUCUGGCGAGUGCCGAUGGACGCCGCGUCGAGCUUAGCUCUCGUUUGUCCCUCGUUGCUUCUCUAUUCGGUGACUGCAGACUGCCGAAAUGAAGCACUAAACGGUGGAACGCCAAACUGGAAUGGGCGUAGAAGAAGAAUGUAGAGAAUGCCAGAAUGCAUUUCGUCACGGCAAAGCUUCAGUAGUUGAUAUGUUUUGCUGUAUAACACGCCGGAAUCCGGACCAACGCGGUGUCGUUUGGUUGAGUUGAUA